AUGUUGGCUGUCAACAAUACCAAUACUCAGCCUUUCACCUUCCUCUUGAUGGGUAUCCCAGGCUUGAGAGCAGCCCAGAACUGGAUCUCCAUCCCUUUUUGUCUCCUGUAUGUCAUCGCCCUGUCUGGGAACAGCAUGAUCCUGUUUGUGGUCCUUCGUGAACAGAGCCUCCAUGAGCCCAUGUAUUAUUUCCUCUCUAUGCUGUCAGCCACAGACCUGAGCUUGUCCCUCUGCACACUUUCUACCACCCUUGGUGUCUUUUGGUUUGAAGCUCGAGAGAUCAACUUAAAUGCCUGCAUUGCCCAGAUGUUCUUUCUCCAUUCAUUUACUUUCAUGGAGUCUGGGGUUCUGCUGGCCAUGGCCUUUGAUCGUUUUGUGGCCAUCUGUGACCCACUAAGAUACCAAACCAUUCUCACCAAUGCCAGGAUUGUUCAGAUUGGGGUGAUCCUGUUGAUAAGGAAUGUUGCUGUCAUGUUGCCUGUUGUGCUUUUUGUCAAGAAGCUGUCCUUUUGCAGUUCCAUGGUCCUUUCACAUUCUUACUGCUACCAUGUUGAUCUCAUUCAGCUCUCAUGCACAGACAACAGAGUCAAUAGCAUCCUUGGCCUGUUUGCACUCUUCUCUACGACAGGAUUUGACUGCCCUUGCAUUUUGCUCUCCUAUGUCCUGAUCAUCCGAUCUGUCCUCAACAUUGCUUCCUCAGAGGGGCGGCAGAAGGCCUUCAGCACCUGCAUAUCCCACAUCAGUGCUGUUGCCAUCUUCUACAUCCCACUCAUCAGCUUGUCUCUUAUUCAUCGCUAUGGCCAUUCAGCACCUCCAUUUGUCCACACCAUCAUGGCCAAUAUCUUCCUGCUCAUCCCACCUGUGCUCAACCCUAUCAUCUACAGUGUGAAGACUCAGAAGAUUCGACAGGUUAUUGUCAAGGUCUUAAUUCAGAAACAGCUCCAAAUCUAA